GAGCGGGCUGUUACUCAGUGGAGUGGAGAGACCGUCAGUAUAAAUGGGAAGGUUCCAGCAGAAUUCCCCACUCGAUCCCUUCAGCCCUGCCCGCACCCAGCUGGGAGCCCACGCUGGCAGCAUGAGGGGCACGGUGCUGGCACUGGGCUGCCUGCUUCUCCUGCUCCUGGCACGGGAAGGGAAAGGGGAAGGCAACAAGGUGAGGCUUUGUGGGAGAGAUUUCAUCAGAGCCGUGGUGUUCACCUGCGGCGGCUCACGCUGGAAAAGGCACCUCGGUGAGCACCAGGACCUGCGGGAGAGUGAAAACCCCCAGCAUUUCCUGCACCAGGGUGACCCUGACUUCUCAUCACACCCAGAGCUGAGGCUGGGGAUCCACAGCAAAGAGCCCCAGGACGUCAGACCUGAGCAAGACUUGCAAAACACCAGCAAAUUUCCUGUGCUAAACAAACGUGAGGCAGCUGAUCUGCUCGCCACAUCCUGCUGCAAUGUGGGCUGCAGCAGGAGAGAGAUCAGCUCCCUCUGCUGA